AUGGAGACCACGCCACAAUCCCGUGCAAUUUGGGAAGAGGCUUGCCGGUACUUGCCUGACGGCGACAGCCGUCAUUCCAUCUUCUGGAACCCGUACCCGAUCUUCACCGAAUCAGCCCGGGGGGCGGUAGUCACCGACGCCGAUGGCGUCGAGCGGCUCGACUUCAUCAAUACGAUGACCACCAUGAUUCUCGGCCACGGGCCCGCACCCGUUCUGGAUGCGGCCCGCCAGCAGAUGGAGUUGGGCCUGGCCUACAACUCGCCCAACCGCCAUCAGGUGGCGCUUGCCCGCUUGCUUUGCGAGCGAAUACCCUCAUUUGACCAGGUGCGGUUCACCAACUCUGGAACCGAGGCCACGCUCAAUACCAUCCGCGCUGCUCGCGCCUUCACCGGCCGCAGCAAGUUUGCCAAGGUGGAAGGUGGUUAUCACGGUACCCACGACGCCGUACUGGUCAGCCUGCGGAUCGACCCUUCCGCCGCGGGAGCCUACGAUCAUCCUGAGCCUGUCGCGUCGAGUGCCGGGCUGGCCGACGGGGUUUUGGACCAAGCGGUUAUCGUUCCCUACAACGACGUGGAGGUCGCCCGGCGCAUCCUGGACGAGAACCGCGAAGAUUUGGCUGCGGUCAUCGUCGAGCCUGUCAUGGGCUCGGUUGGAAUGCUUCCGGCGGACCCCGCCUAUCUGACCAUGCUGCGCGAUUUCGCCGAUGACAGCGGUGCGCUGCUUAUCUUCGACGAGGUCAUCAGUUUCCGCGUCGCGCCCGGCGGCGCUCAGGAAUAUUACGGCGUCACCCCUGACAUGACCGCACUGGGCAAGAUCAUUGGCGGCGGCUUCCCGGUGGGCGCCUUCGGUGGUCGGUCCGACAUCAUGGCGCAAUACAGUCCGGUCAAUGGCGCGGCCAUCGCCCAUGGCGGCACCUUCAACGCCAAUCCCGUCACCAUGGCCGCGGGCGUAGCCACGCUCAACGAACUGACUCCAACCGUGUAUCGCCGCCUGGCCGAGCUAACCGAGAUGCUCCGCCAGGGUAUCCGCCAGGUGUGCUCCGAGCUGGAGCAGCCGGUGGUGGUGACCGGAGCCGGAUCGCUCUUCGGCAUCCACUUCGGCCACGGUCCACUGAACCACUAUCGGGACAUCGCCUCAACCGACAAGGAUUUGGCCGGCCGCGUGUUCAUCGGAAUGCUCAACGAGGGCUUCUUGCUGGCCUCCAACCUAGUGGGCGCCCUUUCGACCUCCCUUGGCGAGGUGGAAGUUGACGCCUUCGUCCGCGGGUUCAGGCGCGUCCUGCAACGGCAGCUCGACUGA